CAUAAAAUUAAGUGUUGGAAUUUUAAUUAAAAAAGUGUAAAGUAUGCAAACGAAGAGACGAACCUUCAUAUAUAAGCAAUCUGAGUCGUUUAAAGCUAGGAAAAAGUAUUGUUCCUUAAGUGUUUAACAGUGCACACUGCCGGAAAAUAUGGAGAUUCGUUUUUUCUACCUUCUUUUCGGUUUAACUUUAACUUGCUGUCUUAUUUCUUGCACUCGAGCUGAUAAUUUCAUGGUAAUUUCGAAACGCUACAGCAACAAUUCCUACUCUUGCUUCGUCCGUCACACUAAAGCUGGACUCGAGUAUCGUUUAACCUACAACGUAUGCAUCCUGGAGCCGACAGUCACCAAUAGUACUGAGCCUAGUGAACAAAUGAGCUUACAGUGUCUGUACUACGAAUGCACCAUAACUGCCUCCCAACUCAUUUCCGACGAUGGCCAGUUGGGAUGUGUCCGAUACGUAUAUCCAUUACCCAGUUCCUAUCCACCAUUGUUCGAACGUAUCAGCGUUUAUCGACGGAACUGGUCGGAUGCAAAAUUUCAAACCAAACCCACUCAUGACCGUGAACAUUUGCGUACGAAGCGCGAUUUUAGUUGGGUGACGUUUCUGGAAAAGAUCUCCUUCAUGGGUCGACAUCAGAGUACUGUGAGUAAGCAGAAUGAGGCGUACUUUCAUUACAAUUACAUGAACAAACCGGGAGGUUCGCUAUCACCGACGGCUGCGCCUGGUUCUACCUCAUCACCGCAGACGGUACCAUCAACAACCGGCGAACCGUUACUGAUUGAAACAUAGCUCAAACCGUUCAAAGGAUCACGUGGAGUUGAUCUUGUUGUACAUUAUUUGGGCAUUGAAACAAAACCGUUCCCCGUCUGUAACUGUUAGUGGUUUUGUGAUGUUAUGUGGUUAAUAAAACUUUUGAGAAGAAUCGUUCAUAUCACGGAUUUAUGAGUCUCCAAAGUCACCCCAAGAAUCGCCCAAGCUUCACAAAACUUCCAAGAUUUAAGUAUCGUAAAAGACGCAUCGAUCUCUAAAGAUAUCGACAUUUAUCUAUGUUUAAGAAAAUGUCUGGUGACUAUACAAAUACCCAGAUUUCGACGAGAUAAUUUUACUCUUUUCUCUACUGGAAAUGUUUGACCAAAUCCAAAACCACACAUUUUGGAAAACGUCUAAUCGCCUCCGCCUGUUCUAUCGAGGAUUCUCCAGGACUUGAAUGUCUCCCAACAGCCACGAAAGGGAACGCAAAAGAUCAGUUUUAAAUCGUGAUCACAAUACAAAAAAUACCACAAAACAAAGCUACAUUUUGUUACGCUACACCUAAAAACAAUCACA